AUACGGAUAUAAAUAGCGCAUGGCUCCCGCGAAUUCACCAACAAAAGAACACAUAUAUUACGUGAAUUAGACUCAAAUCCAGGUCAUUUGAAAAAUGUCAACUCCUGGGAAAACUUUAAUGUAUCACCCCUGAGUCUUAAGUUCAAGAGAAUUUACUCCGAAGGGUUGGCGAAAAUCUAAAAAAUCUGCCUGCUGUUACCGCCGGCAAUCAAAACGAAACUGAGACAUCGGGAGAGCUCGCCCGAAAAGUGUGAUUACGAAUAAGUGCCUUCAAAUUGUGGCUCGAAAUGUCUGAUAAGCCCAGUGUUAUAAUUCUUGGAGGGCUAGGAUUUGUUGGACGAAAUCUAGUUUGUUACCUAGUUGAUAACGAAUUGUGCUCUAAGAUAAGGGCAGUGGACAAAGUUCCCCCACAGACUGCUUGGCUAAAUGAAAGACAUAAGGCUGCAUUUGAACACAGCUCUGUUGAGUUCCGCAGUGCAAACUUGGUUCAUGCAACAAGUGUUGAGAAAGUGUUUCUUGAUGCAAAGGAGUUUGACUUUUGCAUCAAUUGUGCUGCAGAAACAAAAUAUGGAAAAUCAGAUGAGGUGUAUAAUGAGGGUGUGUUGAAGCUAAGUGUCAACUGUGCUCAACAAGCUGCUAAACAAGGCAUUAAAAGAUUUAUAGAAGUCUCAACAGCACAAGUGUACUCCUCUGACAAGAAAGUUAGUGAAGAAGAGGGUAAAAUGUCCCCAUGGACUGGACUUGCCAAAUACAAACUAAUGGUUGAGGAAGAACUGUCUAAAAUUGAAGGGUUGGACUUUGUUAUCGUCAGACCCGCUAUUGUCUAUGGUUUAGCAGACCGACAGGGAUUGACUCCACGACUUAUUAUUGGGGGAGUAUACAAACAACUUAACGAAAAGAUGAAGCUGCUGUGGACAAAAGAGCUAAAGAUGAACACAGUCCAUGUUGAGGAUGUCUGCCGCGCACUCUGGCAUCUCACAAGCCAUGGGGAGAGUGGGGACAUCUUCAACCUUGCUGACAAGGCCGACUCUACACAGGGAAGUAUUACAGAGCUUGUUUGCCAGAUCUUUGGUAUUGAUUAUGACUAUUUUGGAACAGUUCUCUCAAAUAUGGCUCGGCUAAAUAUGACAAGUACAGUAGAGGAUUCUAAUGACAAGCACCUGGCGCCAUGGUCAGAGGCAUGCAACAAGGACAAGAUCCAGGCCACCCCCCUGAGUCCUUACUUAGACCAGGAGUUGCUUUAUGAUAAACAUCUCAGCAUCGAUGGCUCCAAAAUAGAAAGUUUAGGCUUCACAUACAAGUGUCCUCAGCCUACAGUUGAAUCACUAAAACAGGUUGUCGAAGACUACAUUGUGACCGGUUUGUUUCCUCCAUCACUGUACAGCUCAUCUUAAUGGCAGGAAGGACUUCUGCCUUUCUAGAAUCCGGGACUUUGAGAUCGUCCAUUAGAUCGAGGGCAAGCUUGGUUGCUAUGGCGCUGUGGUGCUCAGGGGUAAGACCGCCGACCUCAGUUAAUGCGGUCGCGUACCCUUCAAGAUCUUGGAUAUCUGUUAAGAUAUUGACAAUGGCAACGCACAUUAUGGAUGAGUACUUGUCUUCUGUUAAGAAUGGCAACGCACAUUAUGGAUGAAUACUUGUCGUCUGUUCAAGGAGGCCGUGAAAUAGAAAAUACAGGUCACCCUGCAACUUAGUACUUGAAUGAGAACGUCAAAGGCCAUUAUCAUGGAUACCUUUUUUUACAGCAGCCUCCUUGUUUGCUUGGUCAACAGGAAGUGAAUCCUCAAGAGACUUUGCAAGCUGUAAGACGAGAAAACGUUUAGAUAUUAAUCAACAACAAUAUAUUAAUCAAGAUUUAAAUCAACUACAGGGGCGGAUCCAGGGGUCUCGCCCCCUUUUGAACACUUGCACACACAUUCUGUCUUUUUUUCUCUUUUCCUUGUCAUCAUUCCCUUAAUGUAACCCCUCCCCCUCCCUCCCAGCCUUAAAAGAAUAGACGUUGUAUCCGGAACAAACAUAUUUGAUAAGAAUUGAUGUAUGUUUUGUGAGACAACGUCUUUCUUACCCGUGCUUUUUCUUGUUGCUGUUCCUGUACAAUUGACGAAAGCUCCGAAUCUUUACCAUCAUCUGCACAAGAGAGAUAAUCAGUGCAUGCAAUAUGUCUGAAUCAGGCGCGUAUUAGGCAUGGAGAGGGGCGCACCUUCUUAAGCCGCUAAAAAAAGAUGUUCUCUCACUGCAAUUUUUGUUUAGACUAUUAUUUUUAAGUAUUUUGUGCUCCUCCACAGCAAAGUCUGGCUAGUGCGAGCAAUACGAUGGUGCAUACAAUCACAUGCAUGUGGUUUGUAACACUACCCCUACCUUGAGACCAAGCUUUGUCUAGCAUUUCCCCCAUCUUCAAGUGCUGUUGCUCCGGGGUCUAGGAGUUAUAAGAUACAAAAAUGAUUAAAGAUCUGCUGCGUGUUCUAUC